AAGUGGGCGGGAUUGAUAAGCAUCUCGACCAAUGAGAAAUUGAGGAAUGUGCCUUCAGAUGCACUAUAAACUUGCGGCCCUUCUACAACACACAGUAUUUUCUUCUGGGUCCAGGUUUGCGGGUGUUUUCAUCAUGAGGGUGUAUUUGGUGGCGUUCACGUUGUGCCUCAGCGCUGUGUUUGCUGCUCCAACUUUGGACAAGCAGUUAGAUGACCAUUGGGGGCAGUGGAAGAACUGGCACAGUAAAAAAUACCAUGAAAAGGAGGAGGGGUGGAGGCGAAUGGUAUGGGAGAAAAACUUGAGAAAGAUCGAACUGCACAAUCUUGAGCACUCCAUGGGCGCGCACACUUACAGACUUGGAAUGAACCACUUUGGUGAUCUGACUCACGAGGAGUUCAGGCAGGUGAUGAAUGGCUACAAACACAAGAAGGAGAGACGAUUCAGAGGAUCUCUGUUCAUGGAGCCCAACUUCCUGGAGGUCCCAAACAAGUUGGACUGGAGAGAAAAGGGAUACGUGACUCCUGUGAAAGAUCAGGGUGAGUGUGGUUCUUGCUGGGCUUUCAGCGCUACUGGAGCCAUGGAGGGUCAGAUGUUCAGGAAGACCGGAAAACUGGUGUCUCUGAGCGAGCAGAACCUGGUAGAGUGCUCCCGUCCUGAAGGCAAUGAGGGCUGUAAUGGAGGUCUCAUGGACCAGGCCUUCCAGUACAUCAAGGACCAGAACGGUCUGGACUCCGAGGAGUCCUACCCCUAUUUGGGAACUGAUGAUCAGCCCUGCCAUUACGAUCCUAAAUACAGUGUAGCUAAUGACACCGGAUUCGUCGACAUCCCCAGUGGAAAGGAACAUGCUCUGAUGAAAGCUAUAGCUGCCGUAGGGCCAGUGUCUGUGGCUAUUGAUGCUGGACAUGAGUCGUUCCAGUUCUACCAGUCAGGCAUCUACUUCGAGAAAGACUGCAGCAGUGAGGAACUAGAUCAUGGCGUCCUUGCCGUUGGUUAUGGUUUUGAGGGUGAGGAUGUCGAUGGAAAGAAGUAUUGGAUUGUCAAGAACAGCUGGAGUGAGAACUGGGGUGAUAAAGGAUACAUCUACAUGGCCAAGGACCGACACAACCACUGUGGUAUUGCUACAGCAGCUAGCUACCCUCUCGUCUAACGAAAAUACCUCCAGCAUCAAGACCUCGUACCAGAAGGCCACAUUAGUGUUUCAAAGCCUGAGUUUUCCACUGAAACCCACUAGUGUAGUGAAAAGGAGUCACCUGACACAUGUGACUGUUUGUCUUACAGCCUGAUCGAGACUGUGUGAGAGAAACCUCAAACACUAGGUAUUGUGUGACCGUUUUAGGGAACUUUUGCAAUUGUUUUUAGUCAUUUUAAUGCACCUCAUUCAGUUGAUUUCUGCCUCAAUGUGAAAUGUUCUUCAGAGGAAGUCUAAAUGUACAAAUGUUUUUAUUUCUGCACUGUAUGAUCCAUUAAACUUUUAAAUUUUAA